CCCACCAUUUUCAAACUCGCAUCAUCUCUCUCUCUCUCCCUCUCGCUAUCUCCAUUGAGAUUCCGCUUUGGUGAGAGAGAGAAUCGAUAAUUCGACUUCUCCAAACAAUCAUGCCUUCAGGCGCCAAGAAGCGUAAGGCUGCCAAAAGGAAGGGAACUCAGCCCAACACCAACAAUUCCAAUCCCUCCCCUGCUGCUUCUACGCAUGCUGUGAAGCACCAGAGCGAUGUUGGCCCGGCUAGUUCAACCACUUCUCAGGAUAAGGAGAAGGGGAACAGUGCUGUUCCAGUCGAAAGAGAAUUCAAAAAUGGGAGUGAAUUAGGUGGCAAGUUUGACCACGAUGAAACCGAGACGAAAUCAUAUGAUGGAGGGUCAUCUGAGAGCUCAGGCACCAGCAGCAGCAGCUCAGAUGAUGAAUCUCACGCUGACAAAAUUGAUGCUGUGCCUACCGUCGCAAUUGUAGAGGCAAGUGAGGCCGUUGUGGAUUGCGUGCCUCCUGUUGACUCGGAUAAGGUUUCACUGUUGAGCGAAAGUUUGGGAGUGAACGCGAGCUCUCCGUUUGUAUCUAAGGAUAAUGGCGAGAAAAAGGGCUCUGCAGAAGUAUCCACUCCGUCUGUUGAGCAUGUUGAGGCGGCUUCUGAUCUGAAGACAUCAGCAGAAGAAACUGAUGAACGGUUAAGUCUGUCUUACAAUGCCCCAAUUGCUACCCAUGAUAAUGGAGCGGAUCUUGUGAAAGAUUCAGGAGUCACUGAGCCGUUGCUGGUUCCUCCUCCUCGUCCCGUGAAAACGACAUCAUGGAAGGGCUGUUGUGGACUAUUUGAACUGUUUACGAGCUCGGAUAGAUAAUUUACGUAUAAAAGCAUGACGAAUACCCUUUUCCCUGUGCCUUGCUGGGUGAGAUUUUUUCGUGAGCACGCCUCUUAGACUCUUUCGGAUAGUAAAGAAGAAAUAGCAGCGAGAAGGUGAUUGCGACUUGUAAGUCUCACUAGUGUAUAGGCAUUAUGCGAAAGGUAAGCUAUAAACUAGUCUUCGUUUUUGCAGUGGAUAGGCGAGUUUUCUCCUUGAGUUUCAUGUAACGCAGUUUGGUAUUGGUUGAGGAACCUCUGUAGUUGUGAAACUUGAAAAGGUUCGCUUUUCAUUCUUGUUCGAGUCUGUGUAGUUGUCAGGUUUCUGACCUUGUUUCAUCGUAUGAUCGUUGUUAUUGAUAUGGUGAUUGCUACAUUAUAUUUAUACAUUUUGUUUUGAAUUUUUGAA